AAUCUGACCGAUUCCUCCCUCUCCUCCCCUAAUCCAUUUCUUCCCAUCAGGUCGGGAUCCCGUCGAUCCCAUCAGGUCACAAGCUUGUAGCUACUUGUAGGCUGCAGGGAAUCUAUGGUGGUGAAGGUGGGCGGCAAGGCCAGCUGAGAAGCGGCUGAGAUCGAGGGAAAGUAACCGGAUGGCUAGGGCUCUGUGUGUCCUUACUCCGAUUUGGCCUAUAAAAGGGAGAGGGAUUUCAGGAGAGGAGAGGGAGCGCAAAAAAAAAAAAGAGGGAGGCAAAGAGGAGAGCGAAGAAUCUAGGAGAUCAUUGUGAGUUCGGGUUAGAGGAACCAAGAGCAAAUAGAAAGUCCGAGUUUUGUUUUCGGAAUCCGAAGGUUACUGCGGACAAGGCCAUUUUUAUCAGAUUUCUGGUUUGAUGGUUAAUUACAACAAAUCAGAAAUUUUCUGCUGUGGGCUAUCAGUGACAGAAAUACAGCAGCUGGUUGACAGAUUUGGUUUUAAGCUCAGUACCUUGCCAGUAAGGUACCUUGGAGUGCCUGUUAUUACAGGAAAGCUCACAUGUAAGGAUCUGCGGCCAUUGAUUGAAAAAAUACUAACAAGCUGACUUCCUGGACAGCUAAAUACCUCACUUUUGAUCAGCUGGGCUGCAACACUUAUGGUUUAAACUCAAGAAAUUCGUCAAGACUUUGAAACAAAAGCCAAUAAGAAAUAAGCGAAAGACUUGGUCACUUACCAGAUCUGAACGGCUAGCUGCACAGGAGGAUAGCAAAUACAAGACCAGAGAAUUCUGAGAGAUAAAAAGAGAUAUAUUGUGUUAGUGAAAAUUUUGUGAAAGCUUUGAAACCAAAGAUAUGAAAUGAGAAAAAGAAUUACCAACCAGAUCUGUAAGUUUUAGUAGUCACACAGAAAGAUAGCCAAUAUGAGAGAAUUCUUUUGGGAGACAGAAGGAGAUUGUAUUUGUGUGAAGACUCAGCUGAGAUAAACAGAUAUAUUAUAGUAGUGUGAAGGGUAAAUUAAAGCAAGUAUGAUUAGGGAUUCUACUUUUCUUGAGAGCACUAUUACCGGCGUUGAUGAUGCUGGUGGUGAUGGCGGCGUUGAUGCUGGCGGUGGUGGUGGUGUGGCUGCUUGUGGCGGCGGCGGUGGUGGUGGUUGUGGCGGUGACGGCGGUUGUGGUUGUUGAACGAAAAAUUAAUUAAUUGUCAAAUUUUCA